UAUGUCGUAAUGGGAACGUUCAAUCCUUAUCGGAGUACUUUGUACACGUUGUUCAGUCCCAAUUCAUUUUGUAUUCAAAAGUGCUAUCGGCAACAGUCUUCCAUAAUGUCUCAUGGAAUUUACUGGUACCUACCCUGCAUCAGUUCAACACUUUUAAGAUAAAGCCGUCAAAUUUAAAUAAUGGACAACUUCGGAUUUCGAGAUUCGCAAGGCCAACCAAAACUUAGACGCUCGAUCAGCGUCAAUACGGAAAUGGAAAACUUUCCGCUCUACAAGAAUCAGCACAACCGAUCGCUGCUUCACUGGCGGCGACCGGGCAAGAUGGACCCCGAGGAGAUGCUCGAGGAAGAGUAUCCUUCGGAAGAUUUCGAGUACGUACAGUGCGGACCCUCGCCACCCUCGGAUCACAUUUACGAGAGCUUCGAGGAGUCGACGUCGAGCAGCGACUUAACGGUACAAAUCUGCCUAGAAACAAUUAAAAUGAAUUUGAUGGAGCAUAUGAAGACAUGUUCAGGAAGGCACCAACUUCUGGACGAUAUCGAAAAUAAAGUCACGACUCAGGAUAACAUCGUUGAAGCAUUCAAGUCGGCCUCCAAAUCGGAAAUAAAUAUCGCAUUUUUAUGGUGCGCCCUACUAAAACGUUGGGACUUGCUCGACGGGCUUUUAUCGAUAGGUGCGCAAUUACUGUACGCCGAGCCCCAUCAAGGCCUGACAGCCCUGCAUCUGGCCGCAUUUAGCGGUUGCCUUGCCGGUACGCAGUUUUUGCUUUCGAAGGGGGCCGAUGUUAACGCCUGCUUUAAGUGCUACAGCCCUUUACACUGUGCGGCAUUUGGAGACAGUCCCGAUACCGCAAUGAUUCUCCUGAACAACGGCGCACGCGUGUCGGCGCUCACGUCCAAUCCGGCCAAUUGCCAAGAGAGCGUCUUACAUUGCGCCGUGAGGGCAAACGCCGUCGCCUGCGUACGACUGCUGAUCGCGGAGGGCGCAGACACCGGUCAGAUCGAAUAUACCGGAAUGUCGCCCAUUCAUCUGGCCGCCGAUUUGGGCCACGUUCACUGCCUCAAGAUUAUGUUUGAGACUAAGGGAUUAAAUGUCAAUGCCAAAACUAAGGAAAAGGAAUUGACGGCUUUACACUUGGCAGCUGAGGGAGGGUACGCCGACUGUGUCGAGUUGCUACUACAGAAAGGUACGUGCGGUUUUAACGACAGUCCAGUCAAUGAGGCUUAAUCACUUACUCACAUU